AUGACUGAAAUUAAUACAGCGAUACCAAUUGAAGAAUCUUCUGGCAUAAAGCUUGAUCCAACGGAAGAACAAAUUUUAAAGGAUCAGAUUGACGUUCCUGAAGGAAAAGUAUCAUAUAUAACUUUAUAUAGAUUUGCUACAAUACUUGACCGGAUAAUUAUGUUUAUUGGAUUAGUGUUUUCAGCGGGCACGGGAACCAUCAUGCCUGUAGUGAUAACCUUUUCCGGAAUAAUGGCCGAUAAUUAUACCCGUUUUCAAAAUCACACUAUAAGCAUUAGUUAUUUUAAUGAAGAAAUAAAUCGUCUUUCAGUAAUUCUUGUAUGCUUCGCCAUUGCCACUUUGGUUACUACGUAUAUAUCUGUAGCUACUUGGGCAUAUACUG